GAAGCUUUUAAGUUCCAGGAUUCUCGUGUUUAGAUGACGGUUUUGGUUAAAAGGGGGAAAAAUCACCAUAAAUAUUAAGGUAACAGUUGGAUGUAGCCUGAAUUAUCGGACCUAAUUUACACUCUGCAGAUUACAUCCAACAGAAGGCUUGCAGAAACUUCUAUCCUUGUCUCUGUGAUUUUGGACCAGGAUUUGGGAUCCACUUCUACUGAAGCCUCGGGACAAAAGAGGUGCGAAAGAAGAAGCCUUCUUCAGUAUUUGCUCCAACUUUACCUCCGCGACCAUCUUUAGCAUGAUGUCGUAUCUUAAGCAACCGCCUUACCCGGUUAACGGGCUAAGUUUAACCACGUCCGGUAUGGACCUUCUGCAUCCGUCUGUGGGAUAUCCAGCUACUCCUCGAAAGCAGCGUCGGGAAAGAACAACGUUCACUCGGGCUCAGCUCGACGUGCUCGAGGCGCUGUUCGCUAAAACGCGCUACCCAGACAUCUUCAUGCGCGAGGAGGUGGCCCUGAAAAUCAACCUGCCGGAGUCCCGUGUGCAGGUUUGGUUCAAAAAUCGGCGCGCAAAAUGCCGACAGCAACAACAGCAGCAGCAAAACGGUGGCCAGAACAAAGUGCGCCCGGCCAAGAAGAAGAGCUCCCCGGCGCGAGAGGCGAGCUCAGAGAGCGGCGCUAGCGGUCAGUUCACGCCGCCCUCGAGUACCUCAGUACCCGCUAUAUCCAGCACGGCAGCACCCGUGUCCAUUUGGAGCCCGGCGUCCAUCUCGCCGUUGUCGGAAGUGCUCUCCACCUCCUCGUCGUCGUCGUGCAUGCAGCGCUCGUACCCGAUGACCUACACACAGGCUACAUCCGGUUACGGCCAAGGCUACGCGGGCUCAGCGUCUUACUUUGGUGGCAUGGAGUGCGGCUCAUACCUGGCGCCCAUGCACCACCAGCUGUCGGCGCCAGCAGCCUCCACUCUCAGCCCCAUGAGCACCAGCGCCGUGACCAGCCACCUGAACCAACCGUCCGCUCAGGGCUACGGCGCCUCGGGCCUCGGUUUCAACUCCGCUGCUGCAGACUGCCUGGACUACAAAGAUCAAACAUCCUCUUGGAAGCUCAACUUCAACGCUGACUGCUUGGAUUACAAAGAUCAGACUUCCUCCUGGAAGUUUCAGGUGUUGUGAGAAAAGCAAACAGGGUUUUUUUUUUUUCUAAACAAAAAAAUCUAAAAGACUAGACAAGACGCACUGCAUACCUGCCAUCCUUCAGAAAUCAGACCUAAAUUUCGUGAGGUGGAUGAGUUGCUCUGCGCCUGCCUCGAGCUAGUCUCUGCUGUUUCUAAAUAACAAGUAAAUUAUGUAAAUGGUCCAGGAGUCACAUAAAAGCGCAUAGACAAGAUAUGACCACAAGCUGUUAUUUAAGGAAAAAAGAACCCCAACAAACUUGUAAUAAGUUAGUUCACAGCCAUGGAACAAAUUCCUACCCAUGAAAAGAGGAGAUGACAAACAUGUUAAAAGAAUACAGUUUAUAAGUAAAGUGUCUGGAACGCGCAGCCUUCUGCAUCCGAAACCUCUUACAGCACGCCGACUUAUGUCCAUGUUGGCCAAACGAGAGACACUUCCAUCAGGACAAUGUGAACAGAAGAGAGAAUGAGUGUGUGUGUGUGUGUGUGUGCGUGCGUGUGCUGAACGCCCCCAGGGCGACCUGGAUGCACUACUUUAUUUAAGAAAAAGUGUUUAUAAGGAAUCAAUAUGUAGUUUUUAAGAGACAAUCAAUGUGUGUCUUAUAUAAAUGGUACAUGUGUUUUUUUUAAUCUGUGCUAGCCUUCGAAACUGUGAUCUGUUGUAACUGUAUGCAAUUUGUGAGCUCCCUCGCAACCGCGAAAACUCGGCUGUGAUUUUAAUAGAUUUUUCAUUCUAUUUCUUUGAAGCAAAACAUUUACGAUAUUAUAUUAGUCACUUAUGGAUUUAAUUUGAGCAAACCUUUUAAAAGACAAAUCUGCUGAAUUUGUUAAAAACCCAAAAAGUGGGUAUUCCCUUCCACGGAUCUCCUUUUGAUCUUUAUUGACCGACUGUAGAGGAUUUCCAACGCGUAUCUUAAACCUGUCUGGAGUAGUAAUGUGGUCGCACAAUUGCAGAGAACAUUAAUAAACGAUUUCACAUUUGACUCAAUAAUAAAAGUGAUUUAUUCUGA